CAUGUUUUCCCCCCCAAGAUCCUUUGGAAACUCAUUGGAUGGAUGAUCUAAACCAAACAAGAGUGAAUCAAUUUGUCUUCUUGGGACUCACUGAUAACUGGGGGCUGGAAAUACUAUUUUUCAUGGCAUUCUCAGCCAUGUAUGUGCUAACCCUUUGGGAGAACAUUCUCAUCAUGGUUACCAUAGUCUUUACUCCACGUCUUAGUACACCCAUGUAUUUCUUCUUGAGCAAUCUGUCCUUUAUUGACAUCUGCCACUCAUCUGUCACUGUGCCCAAGAUGCUGGAGGGUUUGCUUUUUGACAGAAAGACCAUUUCCUUUGACAACUGCAUUGCACAGCUCUUCUUCCUACAUCUGUUUGCCUGUGCUGAGAUCUUUCUGCUGACCAUUAUGGCCUAUGAUCGUUACAUAGCCAUCUGUGCUCCAUUACACUACCCCAAUGUGAUGAACAUGAGGGUCUGUGUACAGCUUGUCUUUGUGCUCUGGUUGGCGGGUACUGUUCACUCACUGGUGCAGACCUUCUUGACCAUUCGUCUACCUUACUGUGGUCCCAACGUUAUUGAUAGCUACUUCUGUGAUGUUCCUCCUGUCAUCAAGCUGGCCUGCACAGAUACAUGUCUCACAGGAAUGCUGAUUGUGUCCAACAGUGGAACCAUUUCCCUCUCCUGUUUCCUGGCUUUGGUCGCCUCCUACACCAUCAUCUUGGUUUCUCUUAGAAAACAGUCAGCUGAAGGGUGCAGGGAAGCUCUGUCCACCUGCUUAGCCCACUUCGUGGUGGUUGCCCUCUUCUUUGGACCAUGUAUCUUCAUUUACACUCAGCCAGACACCAGCUUCUCCAGUGACAAGUUGGUAUCUGUCUUCUACACAGUGGUCACCGCUUUGCUGAAUCCCUUCAUUUACACCUUGAGGAAUGAGGAAGUAAAAAGUGCUAUGAAGCAUCUCAGACAGAGACGAGUUUUUUCAUGA